AUGCCGCCAGCACUCAGCGACACCGAGCAAUCGGACAAUGACUUUGAUAUCCCGGUCCCCACCACGCGCGACCGAUCCACCAAGUCCAGAACACCGAACAAGUCAGACGAGGAAAUGAACGAUGAGCCGGUCGAGAAUGGAGAUGCCGAGGACGUGGCAGAUGUUAAGGAGGGAGACGACGAAGAUGAUGCCGAUGAAGACGGAGACGAGGAGGUGUACGGACAAGUCCACAUCGUCGCUGCGAUACCCUGGCUGACUCUGGAUGCUGUAGUUUCAUCGUCGAAAAAAUCAUCUCCCACAAGGUUGAAGAUGGGGUAUUUUUUUCAACUGAACCUCCGUCUUGCGCGUAGCGAGGGUGCACCGGAGAUCAUCGCCGAGUACUACAAGUCGGUCGGCUCGCGGGCAAUGAUCCUUGAGGAAUCCCGCAAGGGAAAAGAGACAAAGAAGCGCGGACGCCCUGCCUCUAGCACACCAGCAUCGUCGUCAAAACGCGCGCGCAAGAGCCGCGACCACCCGUCCGACAGCACACCACCAGCCAGCGCCACCGCGAACACCUGGAAGCCGCCGAGCGGUAGCUGGGAAGACGACGUCACCACAAUUGAUGCAUGCGAGGACGAGGAGACGGGCAAGCUGAUUGUGUACCUGAACUGGAAGAAUGGUCAGAAGACAAAGCACACGACCGACGUCAUCUACAAGCGCUGUCCUCAAAAGAUGCUUCAGUUCUACGAGCGCCACAUUCGGAUCAUCAAGACGGCUACGGGCACGACGGAUGCCGAGCUCAAAUAA